GAACUACGAGACAGUGACCUCGCUGGAGGGUGCUGGGAUGGUGAAUGAGAAGGAGAAUCCGCAGCGGGAAGGUGUUGAGGAUGUGGAUCUGCAGGGAACGGUAUUGGGAAGAUCCAAGGGGGAUUUUUAUGAGAACCGUAAACCAGGAAAAGCCUGUGGAAAUCAGCGCAGGUCAGAGAUGCUGCUGGGAUAUGGCACAGGGAAGAAAACAUGUGAACCCAUAAAUGACGGUGGAGAUUGCAAGGAUCUCGAGGAAACCACAGCCCAGCAGAGAAUCCCCACAGAAGAGAGAAAAAACACAUGCACCGAGUGUGGGAAAAGCUUCAGUCGAGGUUCACAUCUUAUUUCCCAUCAGAGGAUCCACACGGGAGAGAAACCCUACAAGUGCCUUGUCUGUGGGAAAGGUUUCAAUCAGAGCUCAAACCUUAUUUCCCAUCAGAGGAUCCACACGGGAGAGAAACCCUAUAAGUGCCUUAAUUGUGGGAAAGGUUUCAAUCAAAGUUGCCAUCUUAUUAGGCACGAGAGAACCCACACAGGUGAGAAACCCUAUAAAUGCCUGGAGUGUGGGAAAAGCUUCAUUCAGAGCUCGGAUCUUAUUUCACACCAGAGAACCCAUACGGGAGAAAGACCCUUUAAAUGCCUGGACUGUGGGGAAAGUUUUGAUUGGAACAUGCAGCUUGUUAGACAUCAGAUGCACCACACGGGAGAGAAACCCUACAAAUGCCUGGAUUGUGGAAAGGGGUUUAGUGACAGUUCAGCCCUUAUUACUCACCAGCGACUGCACACGGGAGAGAGACCCUAUAAAUGCCUCGAUUGCGGGAGAAGAUUCAAUCGGAGCUCACAUCUGACUCGACACAAGAGGACCCAUUCUGGAGACAAACCCUAUAAAUGCCUGGAGUGUGGGAAAAGUUUCAGUCAGAGCUCAUACCUUAUUUCACAUCAGCGAACGCAUACAGGAGAGAAACCCUAUAAAUGCCUCGAGUGUGGGAAAAGAUUC